AUGGAUUCUGAUUUAUAUGACGAAUUUGGAAAUUAUAUUGGUCCUGAACUAGAUAGUGACGAUGAAGAAGAAAUGCAGCCAGUUGGGAAUGAAGAAGAACAAAAUGACGAGUCUAUGGAAAGAGAUGAGGAAGAAGACGAAGCAGAAACACCAAUUGUCCCGGCUAACCAAAUUGUUUUGCAUGAAGACAAAAAGUAUUAUGCAAGUGCUAUGGAAGUGUAUGGAGAGGGUGUAGAGGCUCUAGUACAUGAAGAAGAUGCACAACCGUUGACUGAACCUAUCGUUAAGCCUGUGAAGCUUCGACGAUUUCAAGCUCAAGAAAAUUUACUUCCCGAAACAGUUUACAAAAAAGAUUUUCUCGUUGAUUUAACAAGCAAACCAGAACUUAUUCGUAAUUUGGCAAUUGCUGGACAUAUUCACCAUGGAAAGACUUCCUUUAUUGAUUGCUUGGUAGAACAAACACAUCCAGAUUUAUUUCGUUAUGAGGACAGAGACCUUCGCUAUUCUGACAGGCUUUUUAUCGAGCAACAACGGGGAUGUUCUAUAAAAACUCAACCCGUUACUUUAGUAAUGCCCUCAUCUCGCAACAAAUCUUAUUUGUUAAAUAUUUUUGAUACUCCCGGACAUGUUAAUUUUUCUGACGAAUGUACAGCAGCUUUCCGACUAUCUGAUGGGGUUGUUAUAAUGGUUGAUGUUCAUGAAGGAAUGAUGUUAAAUACUGAAAGAUUACUUCGACAUGCAGUUCAGGAACGUCUUCCAAUUACUAUUUGUUUAAAUAAAAUUGACAGACUUAUUCUUGAAUUAAAACUGCCGCCAGCUGAUGCUUAUGCUAAAUUGAAAUUUACUUUGGAUCAAAUUAACAAUUUUGUUCAGACAUUUGGAGAAGAAGAUAUUCCUUUAUUUUCUCCAUUAAUGGGAAAUGUUAUUUUUGCAAGUGGUCGUUAUUCUAUUUGUUUUUCUCUUCAAAGUUUUGCAAAUAUUUAUUCUUCAAAAUAUCGAGAACUUGACUCCAUCGGAUUUGCUAAACGUUUGUGGGGCGAUAUGUUUUAUGAUCCAGCGACUCGAAAAUUUACACGAAAACAACAAUUUAGUUCUCAAACUCAGGCACCUAGAACUUUUGUUCAUUUUAUUUUGGAACCGAUGUAUAAACUUUUCUCACAGGUUGUUGGUGAUGUUGACACUUGUCUGCCAAAAUUGCAAGAACAUUUGGGCAUUAAACUUACUAGAGAAGAACAAAAAAUGAAUGUACGUCCAUUAAUUACAUUAAUUUGUCAACGCUUUUUUGGAACUUUUACAGCUUUUGUUGAUCUUGUUGUGCAAAAUUUCAAGUCACCCGUUGAAAAUGGUCCUAUAAAAGUACAACAGUGUUAUACUGGUGAAAUAACACGUCCUUUACCAAUGGCUGUUGCUAAAUGUGAUGCUAGUGGUCCUCUUUUCAUUCACACAACAAAAAAUUAUCCGACACAAGAUGCAACUGCUUUUCAUGUUCUUGGCCGUAUUUUCAGUGGAAUGAUUCAUAUUGGUGAUGAAGUCAAAAUUCUUGGAGAAAAUUACAGCAUCCAAGAUGAGGAAGACUGUCGAGUUAUGACUGUUGGACGUUUGUGGAUCCCUGUAGCUAGAUAUGAUAUUGAAGUCGGCAGUAUUGGUGCUGGUUGUCUUGUUUUAAUGGAAGGGAUUGACCAGCCAAUAACUAAAACAUGCACAAUUGUUGAAAAAGAUUAUGAUCAAGAUGAACUCUACAUAUUUCGUCCGCUCAAAUUUAAUACGUGCUCUGUAGUGAAAUUGUCAAUUGAACCAAUUAAUCCGUCAGAAUUGCCAAAAAUGCUUGAUUCUCUUCGUAAAGUCAAUAAAUCCUAUCCAUUGUUGACUACAAGGGUUGAAGAAAGUGGGGAACAUGUUAUGUUAGGUACUGGAGAACUUUUCAUGGAUUGUGUUAUGCACGAUAUACGUAAAGUAUUCUCUGAAAUUGAUAUUAAAGUUGCUGAUCCAGUUGUAUCCUUUUGUGAAACUGUAGUUGAAACAUCUUCACUUAAAUGUUUUGCACAAACACCUAACCAAAAGAAUAAAAUUACAAUGAUUGCUGAACCAUUGGAAAAGGGAUUGGCUGAAGAUAUUGAAAAUGAAGUUGUCAAAAUUACAUGGAACAGAAAACAACUUGGAGACUUUUUCCAAACUAAGUAUGAAUGGGACUUGCUUGCAUCCCGUUCUAUUUGGGCAUUUGGACCAGAAACGAAUGGACCGAACAUUCUUUUGGAUGACACUUUACCUUCCGAAGUUGACAAAGAAUUACUUAAAACUGUGCGAGAAUCGAUUAUUCAAGGAUUUCAAUGGGCAGCGAGAGAAGGACCUUUGUGUGAAGAACCUAUUCGGAAUGUCAAAUUCAAAAUGUUGGAUGCUCAUAUUGCUAAAGAACCAUUAUAUAGAGGUGGUGGACAAAUUAUUCCAACAUCACGAAGAUGUGCUUAUUCUGCAUUUUUAAUGGCAACACCUCGUUUAAUGGAGCCAUAUUAUUUUGUUGAAGUAAUAGCCCCAGCUGACUGUGUUACUGCUAUUUAUACAGUUCUUUCAAAAAGAAGAGGACACGUAACUACAGAUGCCCCAAUUCCUGGUUCUCCUCUUUACACAAUUAAAGCAUUUAUUCCUGUUAUUGAUUCUUUUGGGUUCGAAACUGAUUUACGUACACAUACACAAGGACAAGCUUUUUGUUUAAGCGUUUUCAGUCAUUGGCAGAUUGUACCAGGCGAUCCACUUGAUAAAAGCAUUAUUAUCCGUCCAUUGGAACUUCAACCGGCACCUCAUUUGGCACGCGAAUUUAUGAUUAAAACAAGACGAAGAAAAGGAUUGUCUGAAGAUGUUUCUGUCAAUAAAUUCUUCGAUGAUCCUAUGUUGGUGGAAUUGGCUAAACAACAGGAUCUUUUUAGUGGUUUUGGAGUUUAACUUAGUAGAGCGAUCUCUCUCUUUUUGUUAUUUUCUUAAUUAUUUGGAAUUUUCUUAAAUAAAUUUUUGUUUUUUUGUAGAUAGAAAGAAGUUGAAAGAAUUUUUAAGUUUACAGUGUUUUGGGUAUUCUGAUUGGAAUUUUUUUUGAAAAAGCAGAUUAAAAGGGGGGGGGCUUUCUUUGAAUGUUUAAUGUAUUUAUCAAAAAUUUUCAUUAGAAUUUUGUUUGACUCGUAAAAGUU